AUGGUUGAUAUUAAGCAGUUGAACGAAAGAGAUCACACAGGAUAUGGUGCUGAACCUCCACAUCCACACUGGCCUAAUGGUGCAGCUUUGGCCAUCAACUUUGUUGUCAAUUAUGAAGAAGGAGGUGAACACACUGUUAUGAACGGAGAUGCUACAUCUGAAGUAUUUCUGAACGAGACUCCUGGCAGUGCUCCUAAACAAGGUGUUCGUGACAUGAACAUGGAAACCCAAUACGAGUAUGGUUCCAGAUGUGGAGUAUGGCGUAUCUUGAGAAUGUUCAACAAGCAUCAUUUUAAAUUCACUUGCUAUGCAGUGGGUCGGGCAGUUGAGCUUAACCCAGUGGUGAUUCGUACCAUGGAGCAAUCUGGUCAUGAAAUUGCAUCGCACAACUAUCGUUGGAUUGACUAUCAUGGAGUAGACGAGGCUACUGAGAGAGAGCAUAUUCGAUCAGCAAUCCUGGCAAUUCGAAAUGCUUCAGUAACUGGACGUGCACCGGUUGGAUGGUAUACUGGCCGUAUUGGGAUCAAUUCACGCCGAUUAGUUCUAGAAGAGUAUCAGAAAUUGAAUCUUCCUCUCUUGUAUGACUCGGACGCUUACAAUGAUGAUUUGCCUUAUUGGGUAAAAGGACUCGAUGAACAAGGCCAUUUAGUGAUCCCGUACACCUUGGAUCAAAAUGACAUGAAAUACUGUGUGCCACCCGGAUUUACUUCUCCUGAUGGAUACUUUACAUACCUUAAAAAUGCAUUUGAUGUGCUGUACCAAGAAGGUAAAGAUCCACACGAUCCACGACCCAAAUUCAUGUCGGUUGGACUCCAUUGCCGUUUGGUCGGUAAACCUGGUCGCGCAGCUGCACUUGCGCAGUUUCUCGAGUACGUGGCAAGUCACAAGGACGUGUGGGUGUGUACCAGAGAAGAAGUAGCUCAUCACUGGCGUACAGAGUUUCCCUAUAAGCCAUAA